CACAAAUCAAUUUCUCCAUAUUCUCUUUCUUCGUUGCAUCUUUGAGUUCGCCGGAAUCCCGUUGGGAGCGAAGAACCGUUCUAUCCUGGGAGGCGGUUGCUACGUAUGUCGGGCAAUAACGUCUUAAGGAGACAACUCUUUUGUUGGGCUCGGUUCAUCCAAGUAUUUCUAUUUAUUUUUUUAAUUAUUUGAUUAAUGCAUGCAGAUUUAUAUUUAUAUGAAUUUUGUUCAACACCCUCUUGUCCACAAUUAGAACAUACACCCUAGUCUCUAUCGUAGUUUUUAAAAAGAAAAAAACUAUUGUUACACAUAUUUUGUACACACACAUUCGUGUUUGUGAAGUGUUUUUUUUUGUCUGUAUACAGACACAACGCAUUUGUAAUGUCUUGAAAUAAGUUGUGUCUGUAUACAGACAAAACAAAACACUUUACUGACACGAGUGUGUAAGUGUGUGUACAAAAAUGUGUACCUAAGUCUAGUUGUUUUGAAAAAGGUACUUCUCUCACUCCAGAGAUCGACAAAGUUAUUGACCGAGCGAGGGCAACGGAAUCAGUCGUUUGGAUUCGAACAGUCCGUGCUUGUAUUUCGUGAUUGUGUUUUAGUUUAGCGAAAGAAACUCCAGAAUCUGGAGAAAGUGAUGUACGCAAAGGAGAAGAAUUUGGAGCUGAAAAUCUAGUAAUUUAUUCUCACGAAAAUGUUAGGGAAAACAAUGUAAUUAGAGUUUCAAUUGAUAGGAUCAGUGCAUUGCCGGAUUGCUUACUUGUUCACAUCAUAUCUUUACUGGAUAUGAAGGAAGCUGCUACUACGAGUAUUUUGGGAAAAAGAUGGCAAUUUCUUUGGGCUGAAUUACGGAGCCUUGAAUUCAGAUUUUAUGAUUGGGCUGAAAGUAAAGAAAGUAAGAAUACAAUUGAUUUUGUGGCUUGGGUUAAUAGGAUAAUUGCUACUCGUCGUGGAAAUUAUCUUGAGAAAAUGAUGGUUAAUUUUAAUUACGAGGAUUGCUUUUCUACAGAUGUUGAUAAUUGGAUCCAGUUUGCCUUGGAAAAUAAUGUGAAAGAAGUCAGUUUGAGAAUGGACUACAGUCAAGAUGAUUUCUACAUUCUUCGUGAAAUGAUGUAUUCAAGUUCAUCCUUGACAUCAUUGUAUUUGGAAGGUUGCAUUUUGGAUCCUCAAAGAACAAUCAAGUGGUGGUCUUUGACUAAAUUAGAAAUAUCAGGAGUGAAUUUGCCUCAGUCUGUAGUUGAAAAGAUAUUAUCUGGUUGUCCUGUUUUGAACCUCUUGGAUCUGAGUGAGUGUUGGGGUUUCACUUGUAUAGAGAUCAACUCUCAAAAUCUACGUGAACUGCGAAUAAGGGACUCUGAAGAUGAAGAAAGUGAGGGUUUCCUGCAAAUUUCAGCCCCCUAUAUAACACACUAGUUUUGUUACGCGCGUUGCGCGAUUAGCCAAAUGCCCAAGAAUUUUCUAUUUAAUGUUAACAUUGAAUUUUAUUUUUGGUUGGUGAAAAUAAAUUGUAUAUGUUCAUUUGGGUUAUCAUCCCGGUUGAGUCUUUCUACUUGUAUCAAUGGAUCAUUGAAGCCUUGAAGGUUUAAAACUUUGACCAUCAUAAGGUUUAAUGUGUGUUUCAUUUUUGUUAAUUUAGAAAUUAAAGUGAACUUAAUAAGGAAACUAAAACCAUCUUAUGUGCUUCCAAA